AUGCUGGGUAACAUGGAAAUCAGUGUGGGCGUGGCGUCUGGUAUGAUAGCCAUCGCAGUCACUAUCGUUACCUUGAUUGUGCCAAAUGCAAUGGUCUUACUUCUCGUCGCAUUUCUCAGAGAUGAACACCCGGCAGUCACAUGGUCGGUGGUUUCCAGAGCAUUUUCGAGUUCACUAUGGCCUGUAAUCCUCCGAUCCGACCAAGCCACUUCUCGUGGUAAUCCGCCACUGAUCAAUUUCGUUACCUGGUUGAAGCCCUUGACUCUGUUCCUUAUAUCUGUCGCUGCCAUUGUCACCCCCAUGGGUCUCUACGAAGGGUUGGUCCUGACCAAGCAGAUGCAACCAACCACUUUUAUGGACCUUCUCGAUGUCACCUCCAUGGGUUAUGGCACUCCUCCAAGAUCUGAUUUGGGCUUCUCCCGUCAAUGCUGGGGCGCAUACCCGGUACAGUGCCCCGGCACCAACUAUGUGAUUACGAUGAAUGAGACGACGGCUUCAUUCGAUGAUGAGGCAUUUGACCGACGAAUACCAACGGCGCUGGUUGAACUUUACCAAAGUGGCUUGGCCCUCCAGUCGAGAAGCGUAUCGAGCUAUUUCGACAUUCAAGCGAGACAGUAUGAAUACAAAGAUAAAUACAGCCCGAACGGGACUUCCUACCUUGUUGACAGUUUCCGGCCCAUGGGGUCUAGGAUCUUGGACGAUUCGAUUUAUCUGAUAGAUGGAUUGAUCGUCAAUAUGGAGAAAGGGGGAGUGGGGUUCCGAAAGCAUACCGCUCCUGGAGGACUUACGUAUGGAGCCCAAUGGGAUGAAGACAUUCUUUUUCACGAACCUGAGACUUUUUGCGUCAAUACCAAUCUUACAUGGGAAACCCAGGUGGCUGUACCCACUGACAACUACACCGAGACGCUCGAUGAUCCUGAUGGCUACCUUGUGGACCAAGGCGGGUUUUACAAUAUCAACAAGACAAGUCCAUACCUUGACGAUUGGUUUGUUGAUUUGCAGACCCAGUUACUCGAGCACGGCGACCCGAGCCUGGAAGCAAGAGCCUAUAGAGCCGGAUGGUGGAUGAAUGUUUUGAAUAUGUACUACCUCAACGUCACGAAACCUGGGACCAACCGAACCGCCUACAUGAACUCAAAACUUGGACAACGCUUUCCAGCCAACAACUCCUUUGGCGUGGAAUACAAGGACAAACUUACUUUCUCGGGCUUCAAUGGGCUCAUUACAGGAAUCCCUUCGGGUUUUGAGUAUUCCAACGGAACGAUCGCUGUAUCCAACAGUUCUUAUGAUGAUCUCUAUUGGUCCAAUCCUUUCAACAUGACGACCAAUAAUUGGACUGAUGUUGCGCCAACAUGCACUGCUGCAAUGAGCGGCGACUUCGCAAACAAUACGAACCUAGAUGUGAGGUGUGGCUUGUUACUUGGCCCGGCAAAACGAGUUGACGGCUCGACCAACAGCAUCGUUGAGCCAGGCUCUUGGUGGACGCGGCCCAUAUAUUCCUGUGCAAGUGCUACCAAGGUGUCGAUCAAGUCAGUACGUUUUAUCUACAAUUCAUCCAACACCAACACCCUGGAUAGCAUCAAAGUUCUAUCUAUCACUGAUAAGACAUAUCCCAACGAGACCUCGCUGCCAAUAUGGGGAGUAGAAACACCAAACAUGAAGCUGCGAGAUCUUGACCCGUUCUAUGGUUUGAUAGCGCCAGAGAAACAGAACAGCAUCAAUCUGACAACUAUUCGAUCUCCGCAUAUGUAUGUGCCGGCUUCAAGCGCAACAGUUUGGGAUCUGGAGUUGAGCCCAAAUAUCCCUGGUACCGAUUUCAAUCCUGGUGUAGAAGGCCCGCCGCAGAUCUGGAGCACGGUUUAUGGUUCAACUUCAAGUAACAUGGCUGACUAUGCAGGCACCACCAAUUUGGCUUUGCUCCAGAAGUGGCUCACUCUCUCGUCCAACACCACAAGUGCGGCACACAUUACGAACUUAAUCUGGACAGAUGUUGCCGCAAAUUACUUCACAGGCACGAGAAGCUGGCUCACCCCACAAGACUAUAUGCCACCGAACCUAGCCAAACGUCAGAGCGAUGCAAGCGGCAGCACUAGUAGCGAUGUGAACGACGUUGUUCCCGUACAAGUCUACGUGCGCCGUCUGCAAUACCACUGGGUCUAUGGGAUCCCGGCCUUUCUGGUACUCGUCCUGACCAUUGUCAUCGUUACCGCAGCCGGUAUCGCCACGAUAUCAGGACGAGGAAGCAUUGCGCGAUUACGCCAUUUCAUGUGGAGUCUUUCACCUGGGCGGAUGUUCGCCGCAUUCCUGUUCCCGCAGGAGGGAGACCUGUACUCGCCUACGAACCCCUGGGUCGAUCGUGUCGGUCGACGUAAUGUUAGAAUUGUCGAUGAAGGUUCCCAGGUCAAGGGUAUGCCGUUGUCGCAGGUCCAAUACAGUCAACUAAACCAGAAGGAACCGGCGCAGCAGGUGACUAUCGCGUCAACCACGGCUUUUGAGCCCGGUGAGGUUGGUUAUGACAGGCAGAGGGCAUGA